AUGCGGUGCGCGAGCAAGGCCUCCGAGAGCGCGUCCACACGUCUCUGUGCGGACGCCGAAGCAGAAACCACAGCAACUGAUGUCUCAUCGGUUGCUGAAGCGACCCAGCCUGUGUCACUUGGUGAUGCAGGCGCUGGUCAUGAAGACACUCAUGUCUUCACAGAGUACGAGCUCGGUGUCUCGUACUCUCCUGAUACGGAUGACGGAUCCGUAUCGACGGCGAUUGAAUCUAAGCCGCCUGCCAAGCGUGGCAUGGGCGAUGCUUUGCGUCGCAGCAUCUUUGGUUCAUCUGAUUCAUCAGAUGAACCAUCGCCGAAGCGUAGGCGCUCGAGGUCGCGAGACUCGGGCGCUCACAGUGGUGUCGGUUCUCCUAUGGACACCACUUCGCAACGAGGUGCCAGUACUUCUGUCGGCACAUCGCAGGAAGAGCGGGAUCGCAAUGUCUUGCGUCUCGCUCCUGAGAAGAAGGCAUGGAUGCCUCCGAAAUCUGUCAUGGAUCACUUGUCGGCGACGACGAGUGAUCGUUAUCGAACACGGUUGUUCGAUUCGUCAAGGAUCCAUCACCUUGACCCCAGUGCGAAAAACUAUCGCGCUGAAAACGAAUUCUUCAUCGAUGCUUUCUUUAGACAUCGAUGGUACAGUGGGAAUCACAAGCGUGAUGGUCCCUCACUGCUUCAGGCGUGGAACGCCUACAUCCAUAACCUUGAGGAUGUAGGUCGUGACGCUUGGAACGACAAACUUAUCAAAGCUCGUGAUAAGUUUGAAAAGCGAACCCCGACAGGUGCACGCUACAAGCUGCAUCGUCUGUCAAGGGAGAAAGGAUUACCCUGCCUCUCUUGGGGAGACUCGUGCCCGUGUUGUGUGAACAACUCUGCACGAGCACCUAAGGAGGCUUACCUCCUUACCAGCCCGUGGUGGCGCGUACGUAUCUCUAGUGAGAUGUACGAAGGGAUUGACAACCUGAAAUCCCUUUACGACCGUGCCGGGAAGACUUUCUCCGGCGGUCCUUCUGCGGCACAGGAUGUGCCGCGUCGUACUGCUCAACCAGACCCAGUACGUCGAUCAUCAGUUGGGAGCGGGGCUCCCAAGAAUCCCAGGACGGGGGAUAGCCGCGCCACCGGACGAGAUAACUCGUCCGACGUCCGUUCACGUCGCGGUGGCUCAACAGCUGCUCAACUAGGAUAG